AUGUCGAUCCCGACGCGGAAGUUCGCCUUCAUCUUUCCCAUGGCCUCCGGGCACAUCAACCCAUCCCUGCCAGUCGCACGUGCCUUGGUGGAGGAAGGCCACGAAGUGUCGUACUUGUGCAGGGAGCAGAUGAAGGAGGCAAUUGAGGACACAGGUGCCAUUUUCCACUCAGAAGUCGAGGCCCUGCCCGAGAUGUACGAGGGCAGAAAUGUCGACAUAUUCGGGUGCUUGACGGACCUGCAGAAGGAAUAUGGCUUGGAAUCUGAGCCCCUGUUCAUCGCCAUGUUCAAGAUUCGGGAAAUCAUGCAAGAAUUGAUGCUGCCUGGUAUCCUCCGCUGGCUUCGAAAAGUAAAGGCUGAUGUGGUUGUCAUUUGCCCUUUAAUGAACAAGGAGGCCUGUUGGGGAGCCCAGCUUCUCGGCAUCCCCUGCGUUGGCAUCCUGACAACAGCAGGGCCGGGAAGCUUGCGGGUCUCGAUGGUGGAAUGGUUGGAGAAGAUGGGCUACACCCCUGAGCGGUGCCUGGAGGAGCGUCGCGCCUAUCAGCCCCUUCUUGACGCCAUCGAGCGCUUGCGGAACACGUAUGGGCUGGAGAUCACGAUUGACGAGGAAAUGUCGCCACUUGGCGUCUCGGUGGUCGCGAAGCAGUCUGCGCUGACGCUGGUCACAACCGUCGAGCUCCUGGCAGACCCCUUGGCACCUGAUCUGCAGGAGGUGUAUGAGGCAGCCCAGACGGAGUUUGUCUACGUCGGGCCUCUUUUGGACAAGGUUGGAGCCAAGCGAGCGGCGGGACACAAGUUCGCGAAAGCUUCAGAGGAGCCGAAGGUCUCUGAGCCUGCUGACCCUGCUGACCCUGCACAGCCUGCAGAUCCACUGGCCUUGCUUGUCAAGGCUCGUGAAGCUGGUCGACAGGUUGUCUUUGCGAGCAUGGGGACCGUGAUUACAGGGGACGGUCCAGAAGUUGGCUGGAGACACAACAUGUCAGUCGAUGGGGUUCCUCAGGGAUUGACUGGCAAAGAGCUUUGCCAAGCAGCCUGGGGUGGCCUUUUCGAUGCCUUUGGCGCCCACAGCGCCGAUGAGGGUCCACUGCUGUUGGUGUCCCUCGGGCCUCAGGCUGAUGCGCUGGAGAACCUCUCACCUCCGGCGAACGCCUUCUGCUUGCCAGUCAUGCCGCAAGUGGACAUCCUGAAAGCGGGCGUGGACCUCUUUCUGACGCACGGUGGCCAGAACAGUUUCAUGGAGUCGCUGAGCACCGGCGUCCCCGUGGUCGUUUGCCCAGGCUUCGCAGACCAGCCCGUCAACGCGAAGAAAGCUGUCCAGCUGGGUGUCGGCUUGCAGAUCGAGCGCCCUUUGUGUGACCUGAGUGAAGCGCCACAAGUGGCUGCCAAGUAUCGGCAAGAUGUCAUGGCAGCUCUCGAAUCGGUGUACACAAACCCAGAUUUCAAGGCCAAAGCUGGGGAGUGCGCAUCGCAGAUGCAAUCUGCAGGCGCCAGGGUUGACUUCAUGAAGCCUUAUGAAGCGUGCCACACGCGGUUUUCCCAGGUGGAGUCCGGAGAGCCGCUGAUCUCAUUCUCCAAGUGGCAAAUUCCGCAGCGGUGCGGAGCAGCAAGCUUGGCGGCGCUUAGCUCCAACGCGAGCAGCAUGCGAUUUGCAAGGGGAUUUAUGCUUUGUAAAGCUCUGGCGGCUCGUCGGAAGCUUCUGCAGAGCAGAGCCAUAGCCGCCAGAGGCCGUGGUGUCCUGGAUCGUGGGGAGUCUCUGAAUGGAAGGUGUGAGCCCUCUUGCUGCUUGCGUCAUGCUCCUCCCUUUAUCCGGUUCGGCAUCAGCUUUGUGUACCUUUUGGGGCUCAAGCUGCUGACCCGAUUGAACGGAGAUGUGAAGAAGGAAGAAGUGAGUCGCCCUAGCCCAAGCAUGUCGAUCCCGACGCGGAAGUUUGCCUUCAUCUUUCCCAUGGCCUCCGGGCACAUCAACCCAUCCCUGCCAGUCGCACGUGCCUUGGUGGAGGAAGGCCACGAAGUGUCGUACUUGUGCAGGGAGCAGAUGAAGGAGGCAAUCGAGGACACAGGUGCCAAUUUCCACUCAGAAGUCGAGGCUCUGCCCGAGAUGUACGAGGGCAGAAAUGUUGACCUCUUCGGGUGCUUGACGGACCUGCAGAAGGAAUAUGGCUUGGAGGCGGAGCCCCUGUUCGUCGCUAUGUUCAAGCUUCGGGAAAUCAUGCAAGAGCUGAUGCUGCCUGGUAUCCUCCGCUGGCUUCGAAAAGUAAAGGCUGAUGUGGUUGUCAUUUGCCCUUUAAUGAACAAGGAGGCCUGUUGGGGAGCGCAGCUUCUCGGCAUCCCCUGCGUUGGCAUCCUGACGACAGCAGGACCGGGAAGCUUGCGUUCCGCGACGGUGGAAUGGUUGGGGAAUAUGGGCUACACCCCUGAGCGGUGCCUGGAGGAGCGUCGCGCCUAUCAGCCCCUUCUUGAUGCCAUCGAGCGCUUGCGGAACACGUAUGGACUGGAGAUCACGAUUGACGAGGAAAUGUCGCCACUUGGCGUCUCGGUGGUCGCGAAGCAGUCUGCGCUGACGCUGGUCACAACCGUCGAGCUCCUGGCAGACCCCUUGGCACCGGAGGUGCAGGAGGUGUAUGCCGCAGCCCAGACGGAGUUUGCCUACGUCGGGCCUCUUUUGGACAAGGCCGGGGCCAAGCGAGCGGCAGGGCACAAGUUUUCGAAGGCUUCGGAGCCAGAGCCGAAAGUCUCUGAGCCUGCUGAGCCUGCUGACCCUGCACAGCCUGCAGAUCCACUGACCUUGCUUGUCAGGGCUCAUGAAGCUGGUCGACAGGUUGUCUUUGCAAGCAUGGGGACAGUGAUUACAGGGGACAGUCCAGAAAUUGGCUGGAGACACAACAUGUCAGUCGAUGGGGUUCCUCAGGGAUUGACUGGCAAAGAGCUUUGCCAAGCAGCCUGGCGUGGCCUUUUCGAUGCCUUUGGCGCCGACAGCGCCGACGAGGGUCCACUGCUGUUGGUGUCCCUCGGGCCUCAGGCGGAUGCGCUGGAGAACCUCUCACCUCCUGCAAACGCCGUCUGCUUGCCAGUUAUGCCGCAAGUGGACAUCCUGAAAGCGGGCGUGGACCUCUUUCUGACGCACGGUGGCCAGAACAGUUUCAUGGAGUCGCUGAGCACCGGCGUCCCCGUGGUCGUUUGCCCAGGCUUCGGAGACCAGCCCGUCAACGCGAAGAAAGCUGUCCAGCUGGGUGUCGGCUUGCAGAUCGAGCGCCCUUUGUGUGACCUGAGUGAAGCGCCACAGGUGGCUGCCAAGUAUCGGCAAGAUGUCAUGGCAGCUCUCGAAUCGGUGUACACAAACCCAGAUUUCAAGGCCAAAGCUGGGGAGUGCGCAUCGCAGAUGCAAUCUGCAGGCGCCAGGGUUGACUUCAUGAAGCCUUAUGAAGCGUGCCACACGCCGUUUUCCCAGGUGGAGUCCGGAGAGCCGCUGAUCUCAUUCUGCAAGUGGCAAAUUCCGCAGCGGUGCGGAGCAGCAAGCUUGGCGGCGCUUAGUGUGCCAGAGUCAUCCAGAGUCCAGUUCAUCACAAAGGCCGUGGUGUCCCCGUUGGUCGCGCAAGUCGCUGUGGCUUUCUCCGGCCCUGCCGUCCAAGGGCCUCCGAGAAGAAGGCUUGUCGCCCGUGCCGCAUCCGCAUCCGAAAUUCCGGCUCUGCAGUCCAAAGCCAACUUGAAGCUGAUCCAGGCGCAGGUGGCGGCUGGCCACGACAUGAAAGCCCUUGGAUUCCAGAUGGAACACACCGAGUUCAAGGCGUCUGCUUUGGAUGGGGCGGCAACAGUCACGUUCGACGGCCUGCAGAACCUGCGCAGCGUCGAGAUUUCGGACGAUGCGCUAGAGAAAGCCGGCAGCGAAGCAGCCUUGGCCGAGGCUUUGCUGCAGGCCAUGCAGGAAGGCCACGACAGUAGCGUCGCAGGCUCAGAAGAGGAUGUAUGGUCGCUGUAUCAGAACAACCCAGACCUGAUUCAGGCUCCGUUGAUUCAGAUUGGCGCGGGCAACACAGCGCAGGACCUGUGGGUGAACGUGACAAAAACCAACGAGACCCUCAAGCUGGCAGAGGAGCUCUUCUUGCACUUCGACCAAGACAAGGAUGGCUUCUGGAACUUCAAAGAAACUUCAGCUGUACAGCUUGCAACGGAGGGUACGGAGAUGGGUGAAGAGGCCUUCAAUUCCCUCAUCAUUGCUGCAGCACCUAAUGGAGGCCGCCACCUGACAGAGGAGGACAUGGCCCGAGGUCUGUCAAAGGAUCAGGUUCUGGAGCGGACCUGGCUGGAUUCGUGUGCAGCAGCACUGUCUUUCACGGGAUCUUGCAACGUGUCUUGCAGCAUCCUCUUAUCUAGCAGCUCACUUUGCAGCAACGGAAUCUUGCGCCGGGCUUGGUUAAAAAUGAAGUCGCAGUGGAAUCCGAAGAAGAGCUGA